AAAUGAAAGAGAAAGCAAUGGGAAAAUCUGAAAAUGCUAGGAGAGGAAGGAUUGAAGGAUAGGAUUGAGAACAUAAUUCAUAUUUGGCGUAUAUCAGAGUACAGAUAUAUAUAUAUAUAUAUAUAUGGUUACUAAAUACUUACCAUAGUAUAGUCCAUAGAGAGAGUGUGAUUCAAUUCAUGGAGAUUUGCGCCUUCGAGCAAAGGAGAGAGGAAGAUCUUUCAUUAUAUCAGCAAAAUCAGGUUGAUUUAAAAGCAAAGGCGGCGAGAAUUUAUUGAUAUGAUGUAUCUGAUAUAAAUAGCAACCCCAUAUCAUUCAUACACAUUACCCCUCUCACUCUCCCUUUUAUUUCUUAUUUUAUUUCAUCUUCCUUCUUGCUUUCUUCUACAAACAAAACACUCUUUUCUCUCUCUGACGACACCUCUUUGCUUUGCUUCUUUUCAGACUUUGGUCCCUUUUACCAUUUAUUUUUCUGGGUUUUGUUUAUUUUUCAGAGUGAUAAUUUGUUUGGUGAUUAAAUAUUAAAUGCCAUGAAUGUCAUCAUAAAGUUAGGAACAUAGCUCAGUUUCUUGAGAUUGUUUAAAGGGUUGUGUUUUUUUUUUUUCCUCUAUUGUUUCUUCUCAUUUUUAAGUUAUUUUCGGCAAAAGAACAACAAAAAUGAAGUUUAUGAAGCUUGGCUCGAAGCCUGACGCCUUCCAAGUUGAUGGCAAAUGUAUCAGGCAUGUCACAUCUGAUUUGGCAACUGAUAUCAUCAUUAAGGUUGGCGACCUGAAAUUUUACCUUCACAAGUUCCCUUUAUUGUCUAAGAGCAACCACAUGCAAAAACUAGUGCAGAAAGCCAGUGAAGAGAACUGUGAUGAAAUUAAUAUGGUUGAUUUUCCUGGUGGGCCAAAUGCAUUUGAAAUUUGUGCAAAAUUCUGUUAUGGGAUGGCUGUUACUUUAAAUGCUUACAAUGUUGUUGCUGCACGUUGUGCUGCCGAAUACCUAGAGAUGACUGAGGAUGUUGAUCGAGGUAAUCUGAUUUUUAAAAUCGAAGUCUUUCUUAAUUCUAGUAUAUUCCACAGUUGGAAAGAUUCCAUUAUUGUUCUAAGAACCGCGAAGUCUCUCCUACCAUGGUCUGAAAACCUGAAGAUUGUUGGAAGAUGCAUUGAUUCCAUUGCAUCUAAGACCUCUGUGGAUCCGGCGAACAUCACAUGGUCCUACACCUAUAACCGGAAAUUAUCAGUACAGGACAAGAUAGUUGGUGACAGUAUGAAACUUCGAGAGAAGAUUGAAUCUGUCCCGAAGGAUUGGUGGGUUGAAGAUAUAUGUGAGUUAGAGAUUGAUCUGUACAAGCGAGUCAUGACUGCUGUGAAAUCAAAGGGAAGAAUGGAUGGUGCAGUCAUUGGUGAGGCACUGAAAACUUAUGCUGUCAGAUGGUUGCCGGAUUCUGUCGAUGCGUUGGUUUCUGGUGUACAUUCAUGGAGAAACAAAUUACUAGUGGAAACAAUUGCGUGCUUGUUGCCUUCGGAUAAUGGUGUGGGUUGUUCAUGUAGUUUCUUGCUGAAGUUGUUGAAAGUUGCUGUUUUGGCCGGGAUGGAUGAUUCAUCCAAGGAAGAUUUAGUGAAGAGGAUAAGUUUAAAGUUGCAUGAAGCUUCGGUUAAAGAUUUAUUAAUCCCGGCACGGUCUCCCCAAACUACCUUAUAUGAUGUUGGAAUGGUGCAGUCUAUAGUUAACCAGUAUAUGAUGCAUGAACAACGUAGUCAAGAUGUAGAACCUGGAAAGAGUGCUGGUUUUGUACUAGGGCAUGGAUCCUUGUUGAGUGUUGGUAAACUGAUUGACGGGUAUCUUGGAGAAAUUGCACACGACCCGAAUCUUUCUCUUACCAGUUUCAUUGACUUGUCUUGUUCUGUCUCCGAGCUUGCUAGACCAGUUCAUGAUGGACUCUAUAAAGCCAUUGACAUCUACCUGAAGGAGCAUCCAAACUUGACUAAGGCUGAAAGAAAGAAAAUUUGUGGGCUGAUGGAUGUGAAGAAAUUGACAAUGGAAGCAUCUAUGCAUGCUGCACAGAACGAUAGACUUCCGCUACGAGUUGUAGUUCAAGUUCUCUUCUUCGAACAGGUUAAGGCUGCAACUAGAGCUCAAUCACGUAACUCCGAUGCCCGCACUACUUGCGUUUCCAAGAUGAGCCCCGAUGAAGAAUGGGACAAGACCAUGGGCGAAGAUUGUCGGUCCCUCAAAAAAAAGAUGAGUGAAGUCGAGACAAAUGAGGAUGGAGGCGAGAAAAACAGUAAAAUGGGCAAGAAGAAGAGCAGAAACAGUAAGAAUGGGGUGCAGCUGCUGCCAUCACGAUCUAGAAGAAUAUUUGACAAGCUGUGGGUAGUGGGAGUGGGAAAGGGGCAUGUGGAGAACAGAAGUUCAGAGACGUCAGGAAGUUCUCAAAGCUCAGCGGUUGGGGUUCGAGAUAACACUAACAAGUCUUCGGGGAUUCCUUCAAGACACAGGAGACAUUCAGUUUCAUAGAGAAGGCAGGUGAGGAAUGGAAUGUGUUAAAUGAAGUAGCUUACAACAGGUAAAAGAAGAUGCUAACUGUUGUGUAAGUGUAAAAAAGAAGUGGUAGGAAUAGGAAUAUUGUUGUAGUUGAUGAUUGUAAUCAGUUUUAUGAGUGCUUCUCUUGGUUAUUGUAGUUGUUAGUUGGAGGAUUACAUUUUCUUCAAACUUUCUAUUCCUUUUACCUGUAAUAAUUCAUGGAUUACAUGACCUCCCUGUUUUUUUUUUUUUUUUAA